AUGGGGCAAAAUGGACACCACAUUUUGACAGACAUGCUCUUUCAUAUUCAACUAUUCAAGCCUGCCUUUCUUCCUUGCCAUCGAGUGCUAGCUACAGGCAGUGUUUAUCUUUGGGUCUGGUGGCUUCCUGGGCGUGAAAAUGGUGUCAAAUCAGCUGCCCAAGAAUGGCAAAAGGGGAUGAUAGAACUCAGAAGGAUCACUUAUAAUUCCAUCUCACGCUUCUCCUACCAUAUCCCUAAUAAAUUUUUAGCUAACUACUCUCAGACCCUGAAAUGCGGCUCUCUCUCUCAGUCUGACCCCGGAAUGCGGAAAGGUACUCUUAGCUAUCGUACUCGAUUGCCCGGAAUUGAACGCACGCGCUGUGGUCCUCAUUGGAUGAGAAAGGAGAAAAGGACUUAUUUGAGUGGAGGGAGAAAAGGACCUUAA